AGCGUCAAACAUUCAUUUCCCUAAAUUUAUUUAUAUUUAUUACGUGAAAUUGGAACUACUUAUCAUCGAAACUCCACUUUUAUUCUUCCAAUGGCUGCUACCGUCGACCACCACAAACGACAGCUAUCCGACGCAAAAUUCCAGAUUUGCCCUUUCAAUAAAUCUAUAUUUCCACCAAGGCGUAGGCUCCGUCUUGAUCCUUCUAGCAAUCUCUACUUUCCUUAUGAACCGGGAAAACAGGCAAAGAGUGCUGUAAAGAUUAAGAACACAAGCAAAUCUUAUGUCGCAUUCAAGUUUCAAACUACUGCACCAAAGAGCUGCUACAUGCGACCUCCUGGAGGUGUUCUUACACCUGGUGAAAGCCUGAUUACCACUGUGUUCAAGUUUAUUGAGCAACCUGAGAACAAUGAGAAGCCUAUAGAUCUAAAGACCAAGGUGAAGUUCAAGAUCAUAAGUUUGAAGGUGAAAGAAGGAACUGAUUAUGUACCUGAGUUGUUUGAAGAACAAAAGGAUCAAGUCACUAUUGAGCGUACUCUAAAGGUGGUGUUUUUGGACCCUGAACGCCCUUCUCCGGCACUGGAUAAACUAAAACUUCAGCUGGCCCAAGCUGAGGCUGCUGCAACAGAAGCUGAUAAGAAACCUCUAGUGGAAACAGGUCCGAAAGUUGUGGGAGAAGGUUUAAUAGUAGAUGAAUGGAAGGAGCGGAGGGAGAGGUAUCUUGCUAAGCAACAGGUUGAGGCAGUGGAUUCAGUUGUAAAGCAAUAGAGGGUGUUUAUGUAAGUGCAUCUUUUUCCAGAAUAGCAAUGUAAAGUAAGAUCCAACACCUUUUAUACUUGCCUUUCUUUGUAUUGAUGGUGGACAAGGGCAAUACAAUGCUUCAUGUAAAAGAAGAACAAUGAUGGGAGAUUUAAGAUUCAAAAUAAUUAUAUUUGGGAAAAGA